UCCAUAAGCAUGCGCAGUGCGUCUUUACGGAACUGCGGCGCGAGGUUAGGCUACAGGCAUCUAUUAGCCUGCCUUCUCGAGGGAAGGAAAGAACGUGAUGGAGAACAGAAGCAGAAAUAUGGCGAUCGCUUGUCAGAGCCUGAUCUCUCUGCUGUUGCUGAGUGCUGCGGUCUCGGCCGUGGAAGUUCAACGCCCCCGCGGUGUAUCGCUGUCAAAAAAGCACUUCUACGUGGAGGGAAAACCAUUUACUUGCUUGGACGGCUCCCGCACAAUUCCCUUUGACAGGGUAAAUGAUGACUACUGUGACUGUCAGGAUGGUUCGGAUGAGCCAGGCACUCCGGCUUGCCCCAAUGGCAGCUUCCAUUGCACUAACGCGGGCCAUCGACCAGUCUUCAUCCCGUCGUCCCGCAUCAAUGAUGGUGUUUGCGACUGCUGUGAUGCAACAGAUGAGUUCAACAGCGGUGCUAGCUGCCCAAACACCUGCCGGGAGUUGGGGCGCAAGGAGAAGGAGGUUCUGCAAAAACUGGCUGAGAUUGCAAAGGAGGGCUUCAUUCUCAAACAGCAACUCAUUCAGGAGGCCAAGAGGGGUCUGGAAGAAAAAAAGGCCAAAGCAUUUGACCUGGAGGCCAGUAAGAAACAACUGGAGGAGAAGGUGGAGGCUCUGCGAACGGUGAAGGAAGCGGCAGAGGAGCCCGAGAAAGAAGCUAAAGAGCGCCAUCUCAAGGCUUGGGAAAAUGAGAAGGCUGCAAUACGCGCAGAGAAGGACAACGCUCGAAUGGCUGAGGUGUUUCUUGAACUGGAUGAUGACGGCGAUGGCUUCGUCUCCUUGACUGAGCUCCAGUCCCACAGUGAGCUUGACACAGAUUCCGAUGGUUCUUUCACUGAAACGGAGGCUCAGGGCCUUUUGGGAGGCGUGGACAAAGUCGACACGGUGGCGUUCGAGGCUGUCUGGAAGGACAUAAAAGACAAAUACAUCUCCGAGCAGUCCCAAGUGGAGACGCCGCACGGGGAGACGAGGGAACCGCUCCCCGACAAUGACUCUGAGCAUUACUCUGAGGGCGAAAUCCCAGAAGAAGAUGACGACAAUGAUGAUGAUCAGGAGGAGGAGGACGAUGAGGAGGAGGAAGAUGACGACGAUCCGGAUGACGCCGACUACAACAGACCUCCUGCGGUACAAGCAAAGAAGGAUGACGAGGACGAAGGGACGAUGCCGCCCUACGACGAAGAAACGCAGAACCUCAUUGAUGCUGCCCAGAAGGCGAGAGAGCAGUUUGAUGAGACCGAGCGAGCCCUCCGGGAACUGGAUGAUCAGUUGAAGAGCCUUGAAAAGGAAACAUCCUCAGACUUUGGACCCAGUGCUGAGUUUGCCUACCUCUACAAUCAGUGCUAUGACCUACCUACAAGCGAAUACAUCUACAGGCUGUGCCCAUUCAAACAAGUAACCCAGAAACCCAAGAUGGGCGGCUCAGAAACCAGUUUAGGGACCUGGGGUCAUUGGGACGGUCCCGAGGGGAACGUCUACACCGUGAUGAAGUACGAGAAUGGAUUGGGAUGCUGGCAAGGUCCCAACAGAGCCACCACGGUCAAGCUAAAAUGCGGGAAGGAGACUGUCGUCACGUCCACGACAGAGCCCAGUCGCUGCGAGUACUUAAUGGAGUUCACCACUCCCGCCCUCUGCCAGGACCCCAGGACCCUGGACCCCAUGCUGCAUACAGAACUUUAAAACCGACCCAACCUUGUUCACCAAGGGACCACGUCGCCACGGCAACAGGAAGUGGCGAAGGAGCCGCCGCGCGACGAUUUCACUGUGUUCAAUAAAUACGUGUGAGCUUUUUACAUGCGUUUGUGGUCAUUUGAGAGAAAUGCGGCAACGUAAAUAAAUUCUGCGAAAAGGAGUUGGCAUGUAUGCUAAGUCAGUUUGUUUGCUAAUUGAGGCUCAACUUUCUAUUUCAGAAAAACUUUCAUUCAUAAUUGAACCAUAGUUAAGGCAUAAAUGACAGUUUGGUGUAUUUGGUCAGUCAACAAAAUAUUUGUAUCUUUGACAUACCCCAUUUUUUUGGCCAAUUUUUUUUUUCUUCUCCCAUAUGGAGUUAUGAUUUAGUCAUGAAAUGGGGAUCAUCACUCAUAUCUGGAACUGACACACUCCCACUUUAGUUUGUGUUUUAUUGUUGUUUUCAAAGUGACCAAGGUUCAACUUUAUACAUCAUCCAGAGUUUGCACGUUCUUACCACCGGUGAAUCUUUGUCAUCGAGGAAACGACAAACGCGAUAUUCUUUGUUCAGUCAACAAAAUGGGGCCCACUCAUAUUUGUAAGUUUUAUUUCUUUUUUUUUUUUUUUUUCUGGCAUGUAAAGUACAAAUAAUUAAACAACUCCAUGAAAAAGUCUUCAAGCGUCUUCAGCUGAAAUCCCAGUAGUAAAUAUUCUAGACUAAACUGAAAGGUUUUACUUGUAUUUUUUUUUUUUUUCUUGUUCGUUUCUCAUUGCUCAUUUGGUCAUGUCUGGAAGUAUGUAUGAGUGUUUGUAUUCCACUACUUUUGAUCGUUUUCACCUUUUUUUUGUUUGUUUUUUUGAGUUUGUUCUACCAUUUCCAGGAAAAAUGUAAGAAAAACAUCACUAAUAAUAUACUGAGUCCCCUCUUCUAAAUAAAUAGACACAAAACACAGUUGGUUGAGAAACAGAAGAACCGCUCGCCCCUUUCAAACAAGACUUUCCCUGCCCGCUUGUCAUUCAUCGAUAAACAAGCUCUCGACCCAGAAUCCCUGCUCAUUUUAUGGGCGCCAAGCAAACAUUCUCCUUGCACAAAAGAGUGUAGGCGCUCGUUUUAAAAAAAAAAAAAACGCUCCCUAAUGUCCCUUUUUUAGACAAGCGCGGACAGGAAAUCAUCUUGUGAGGGACAACCCCGCCUCCUUCUGGAUCGAUGCCUCAAAAGAAACGAGAGGGCUGGCGGUGGGGCUGCCCCAUGUCUCAGACUGAGCGGUUGAAAAAACAAAGCAAAACAAACAAAAAAAACAAGACUGUGAUUAGGUUAAAUAAUUAAAAGAUUUUUUUUUUCUCAUUGAACAAGACAAACAGAACACAGGCAGUAAAGGCAUAACAUCUAGCACACAGCAUGUAUGUUUAUACAGUUCAAUUAGUUAAAUAUAGCAGUGCAUUCUUUGACUAUGGAGAACGUUUUCCAAAUCGAACUUCUAAAGCUGUUUUUCUAGUUGUCCCCCUUGUUUUUGUUUUUAAAUUUUUUUUUUUCUCCCCGGAAAAAAAACCCCGAAAUGGUGUAACCACAAUUUUGGCAAAAGAACUUAAAAAUCUUUUAACCUUGCAAAUGUAACAAAAUAAACCAUAAAUAUACACAAAACAUACUUCAUACGAGGCAAUAAUAAUAAUAAUAAUCAUAAUAAAUAGUUUUUAAGUUAACAAUAAGUUAAAACUACAAGCUUAAAGUCGCCCAAAUAAUACAAGUUUGUCGGCGCUAUUUUGACAUUUUUUUUCUGUUUAAAUUAUUUUUAUGUUGCAACAAAAGCUACCACAGACUUUUACAAACACAAUCGAACACAGUUUGAUUGGAACGAAAAGAAUCUAAGUCUAAAAUCGGCAUACACUUUAAAAAACUGCAACUAAUCCGAUAAUGGAGGAAAAAAAUAAAAUUAAAAAAAAAAAAAAGAACAAACCGUAUCCAAUCAAUGCAACCAAACAUAAUCGACCCAUAUGUGUGUUCUCUAUGGCAACAUCAACAACACAAAUACACUCAUUUAACAAGUGAGUCCUGAUAUGCAAUUGAAAUCAAUAAAUUACAAGAGGAAAAAAAAAAGAUAUUCAGUCGACAUGGGCGAAAAAAAA